AUGAACAUGGUGCGAAGCAUGGUGUGUGCAAGCGGACUAACUUUGAAUUUUUGGGGUGAUGCUGCUGAGCAUGCAGCUUGCAUGCUUACCCGAAGUCCGACUAAGGAGAACGACGGUGGGGUCUCACCUAUUGAGGUACUCAACUUGAAGAAAACUAAUCUAAGUGACAUCCCGGUGUUUGGUUCGACGCGCACAGUUCACUUGCACAUAGACAAUAAAUCGCUGGGUGCGCGUGAAAAGGCGACAAUCAUCAUUGGAAAGAACGAAGAAAUGAAGGGAUACCGUGUCUACCUGACAAAGGAGCGCGUAUUCGUAGUCACGCAACAUGUGAAGAACAAUGGGACCCUGAACACAAUGCAAAAUGACGAAGCAUCAGAAGAUCACGAUAAUGCUGAAGGUUUGGAGGAGUCCCAAGAUGAUCACGACGAACGUCCAGCAACGAGUCGUUCAUCCGGAUAG